CGUUGGGAGCGCUCGUCACACGUCGCGAUUUAAGCCGAGACUUUAAGCGCGAUUUGAACGUGCGUUUUGCCGCCGACUCCGACUCUCCUUCCCCGUUUCCACAAUCAUUACCAAAUUAUUAAUACGCCCCAAUCCCCCCACAAAACCCACCACAGAAGACGCCAAAAAAAUGACAGAGCGGAGAAGCAGGAGCUCCACCAGGAGCUGCUGGAACACCAAAUCUUCAGCGAAAGUAUUAGAAACCAGCAGAGAAUUAACACUUAGUGGCCGCCGCCACCACCACCUGGUUGUCUGCAGCUUUAUUGCCGUGCUCUCGCUGGCUUCCGUGGCCCUGGCCAAGCCACCGGAUCAGGAAGCGAUCCAUCACCAUGCCGAAUUCCCGGAGGAGGACAGCGACAUGCUGAUGGAGCCGAAUGACUUUGCCCCGAUUACAGUGCUGCGUUCCCACGAGCAGCACUUCCACAUGCCGCCAUCUACGCAGCUCCAGUCGCAGCAGCCGCAGCCGCUCCAGAAUCAUGCCAGGAUCCAGCCCCGUGCCCAGCCAAGGCAGUUCCAGGUGGCCACGCAGCAGGAGCACCAGGACCCGGGCGAGGAGCAGUUCCGCCCGAUAGUUAAUCCCAAUCCGGGAACACUAGUGGCCAGAUCCGAUGCCGAUUCGCACACGCAAGCGGCCCAGAACUUCUAUCCUCCGUUCUACCACGAGGCGCCGCCCCUGGGUCAUUCCAGGCCCUACUUUGGCCACGGUCCCGUCUCGGAGAGUACUCCCCUGUCCCUGCCACUGCCGCUCCUGGCCCCGCAGCAGCAACAGCAGCAGCAGCAACCGGUGCAGCAGCAUCAGCAGAGGAACUUCGAUGCCAGCAUUCUGGGCAGUGGGGACUUUGGAGUGCUGCGCGGCGGCACCUUCUAUCCGGAGGAGGAGAUGCCUUACCAUCCAGAGGACAACAGCGACUACAUCUACGGCGAUGCCGCCAACAACGGCCAUGGCCGUCCCUCUGAGGGCUUUGUGCAGAAGUACACCUAUCCGGAGGAACAGUUUGCCAAUUUCAGGGAUUUCGCUGACAUAAACACACCGGCAGACUCGGCCUUCUCCCAGUUCGUGGUGGUUUAUGCGGCAAAGAACGCCACGGCCCCGAGCACGCAUCCGCAUCCGAAGAAUAUAUUCGAGCAGCUGGAGCUGCUGGACCGCGAGAAGGAGCUGGAGGCCAAGGCCAGGCCCAAGGCCUCCUCCGCGGGCAAGAGCUCGUCCAAGGCCAAGGCCAAGCUGGCCAAGACCAAGCUGCAGAAGAAGUACAGGAAAAAGGUGGUGGGACCCAAGUUUCAAGAUCCCCAGGACCCGCAGGAUCCGCUAGAGCUGGAGCCACUGCUGGCCCUCAGUUAAGUAAGCUAGCCCAGAAGUUCCACCUGCACAUCCAUCGCCACUACCACUACCACUACCACUUCCACACUUCCACACUUCCGUCUCCUCUGUUAGAUUUAUUUAUUUUGUUUCGAGAUGAAUGCAAGCCACCACCACAAAAGAGCCACCACCCGUACUCCUCCCCCCAAAUUGACAUCCCCCUUCCACAUACCCACAUCCCCACAUAUCGCAAUUAUACUAAAUACUAUAUACCAGUGUUUUUUUUGGUCUGUCUGCUUUUUGUCUCGCAUCGAUUGUUAAUUCUUAAACCUAGGCGUAGUCUACUCUAUAUGCAUGUACCCUGUGCAUGCGUCUCAUAUGCGUAUCUAAUGUAAUUAUUUUUUGUGUCUAAUUGAGCAUAAUUUUAUUAUGUGCGUGUACAUAAAACGAGAAAUGUUAAAUGUAAUUAU